AUGAUACCGCCGUGCGAUAUCCUCGUCCUGGGUGGCGGCAUCGCUGGUAUUGCUGCUGCGCUUGCGAUAUCAAAGGAGCUCUCCCCCAAAGUCCCCGGCCUCAAGAUAACUAUAUUCGAGCUGCACAAUGUCCCGUCCACGUCUGGAGGGGCGAUCAACCUCAACCCGGCGGCCCAGAGACACCUUCACCACCUUGGAGUGUUGGACGAACUCGACAAGAUGGGCGCCGAUGGCGGGGCAGAGGUAGACCAAGUCGAGAUGUUCUCUAUACAUUCUGGACGUCGGCUCGGGCGUGUGGACUUCUCAGGCAAGGAUGGGAAGGGAUAUGGUGGAUACAAGGCCAGGAGAGUCAUGAGAAUAUCCCUUCACCUUGCCCUGCUCGCCACGGCUGAAAAGGCCAGUAACAUAGAUGUGAAGUUUGGAAAAAAGGUCGUUGACGGCGUCGAGUCGGAGGAGAAAGUGACGAUUUUCUUUGAAGAUGGCACCAAUGCUGUCGGCGACCUGGCGUUGGGCUGCGAUGGAGUGCAUUCGCCCACGAGAAUGAAGCUGGUUGACCCUUCGACGCCGUCAGAAUACACUGGUAUCUGCUUCAUCCAGACGACCAUCAAGGCGAACAGGAUCAACGCUCCGGUACAUUUCAAGACAACGGCCAUGAAUCGAUCACGGCAUGGCGGCUUGUUAACCACGUAUUGUCAUAAAAACAAAGAAGACAUCUUCGUCGCUGCGCUGGCCGAAGUAGAUGCCGCAGAUAUCUCGCACGAGACGUUUUGCCCCCGGAAUAGAGAUUCAAUACGACACAGACGAACGACGUCGGAACGACUGAGAGACGAAGUCUGUGAACGAUUUAACGACUGCGGAAUACCCUGCGUGCAAGAGAUGUUGGAGAAAUCCUUGAAUUGGGCCCUAUACCCGGUCUACCAGCUACCUCCUGAUAGGAAAUGGCAUACAGAGAGGACUCUGCUACUCGGAGAUGCUGCCCAUGCUAUGCCUCCUAGAGAUGAAUCUGCAGCAUUUGCAUUAGAUGAUGCAAUCCUGUUCUCCCGUAUACUUUCACUUUACAUCCACCAACCUAUCAGUGAUGCAUUCGCGGUGUAUGAGUAUAUACGUCGAAGCCCUGUUACCAAAGCAUACAACUCGUCGAAUGUUACGUGGAUGAGCAACAAAGGCACAGGGCGAUGGACCAACCGACUUGAAGAAUGGAUGACCCCGUGGCAGCUCUACAAGGACAAGAAAGCGAGGAUUGGGGCAUGGGAAUUCGAUGCCAGCACUCUAUAUAUCCCACCACCGCCGAAGGAACCGAGCCUCAGCUCCCUUGAGGACAAAUGA